AUGGCGGAAUCGAGAGGGAUAGUCUUCACCCAGGUUAAUCUGCAUCACAGCAAAGGGGCCUUGGCUGUUUUGGCCAGGCAACAAGCUGGGAGACAAACAUGCAUAUCACUGAUGCAAGAACCCUGGGUAAUCCGAGGUUGCAUCAGGGGUUUGGCGGCCUGCGGUAGGCUCUUUAGGGCUCCAUCAGUGGACCGGCCCAGGGCCUGCGUGGCCGUCAAGGGCAUGGAAGCCCAGCUGAUACCUCACCUGUGUUUCAGGGACGAAGAAAAUGGUAUUUGCUCGGCCUACUUCUCUCAUGACGAGGGGGAGGCGGUGCCGCCUGUACCGGUGAUAAAACUGGCAGAAUACUGCCAGGAGAAACGGCUUCCCCUGAUCAUGGGAUGUGACGCUAACGCGCAUCACACCGUGUGGGGAAGCUCGGACACCAAUGAAAGAGGGAGGAAAGUGUUGGAGUUUCUAGCAUCUACGGAUCUGGAGAUCCUCAACACAGGAGACGAGCCCACCUUCUGCACUAUAGCGAGAAGAGAAGUGCUCGACAUCACUGUCUGUUCCAGGCAGUUGAUACAGGAGGUGGUGGAGUGGAGGAUCUCGACGGAGCCCUCGCUCUUUGACCACAGGCAGAUCUCCUUCAGGAUAGCUAAAGCUAGGGGGAAGGAGAUCAAAUUUAGGAAUUCGAGGAAAACCAAGUGGGACUCCUAUAGGGAAAACCUGGCCAACAGUCUCAAAGGCUUUCCUAAGAGGCACGGGACAGAGGACGAACUGGAGACCUGUGUGGACUACUUGCAGAGGUCUCUGGUAAACUGCUACGAAAGUAACUGCCCCAAAAGGGCGGUUACAAAUAGUAGAGGAACUUCUUGGUGGACCCCUGGACUGCAGGGUCUCAGAGUGGCGGCUCGUAGGGCCUGGAACAGAGCCAGGAACACGGGCCGCCAAUCCGACUGGGAGCUCUCUAGGAGGGCACAGAAGGAAUAUAGAGACUCUGUGGUUAGGGCGAAACUGGAAAACUGGAGAAAGUUUUGCGAGGAAGUAGAGGGAAUGCCUAAAACGGCAAGAAUCUGCAGGAUCCUCGCUAGGAACCCGGAUGCGACUCUGGACGCCAUCGCACUUCCUGAUGGGACGGUGGUGACUGGAGAGCAAUGUCUGGAGCAUCUAUUGGAAGUGAGCUUUCCGGGCUUCCAUAGGGAACAGGGAGAGCAAUUUGCAUAUAAGGAGCCGGGCUCACUCAGAAGAGCCCGACAAGCGGACUGGCGAAUGGCGGCCAAGAUUGUCAUGCCCGAGAAGGUCAAGUGA